AUGUCUUCCAAAACUAAUUAAAAAAGAAGUUCAUCAGCUAUUCAAGGAUGUUCAAAAUAUUCUAAGAUUUUAUAUAAAGAUGAUCUUAAUAAUAAUAAUAAUAUAGAAAUUAAUUAAGCAGUAUAAGAAAGAUUACCUUAUUUUUAAAAUAUUUUCAAAUAACUAAUUAAAAUGGGUUUACCUAUGUUGGAAGUAUAACCAAAUUAAGAACUAAUUAAAAUAACUAAAAGAAGUGGCAUAAAUAAUCUUAAUUAUUUAUAAAGACUAAUUUCUGUGAAAUUGGAGGGUUAACCUAUGUCAUAUCGUAUUUGCAAAUUAACUCAAAUUUGUAAAAGCUUUUUGAAAUCAACUAUUAAUAAAUAUCAAAAUUUUGACUAAGAACAAAUGCUUGGAUUGAUCAAUUCAUCUGUUGAGGUUGUUAGAAUGUAAACAAUUUCAUGGGUAAAUUAAAACGAUGUAGAUAUUGGAUAGAAUUUUGAUUAUUAAAAUUUUUUAAAUCUUUUAGACAUUUAGAAAGUAUUCAAAAAUGCAGAAAAUCUUAGUUUUAUUUCUACUGAUAUUAAAGGGUACUACGAGAUGAAAGAUAUAAAAAGUUUAAGAGAUCACGGAAAUGUUGAGACAUUUUAAAAAGUUAGAAAAUUAAGACUUCUUAUCUUUCAAAUUCUUAAAUCCAUUAAAAAUAUAAUAGAUUCUUUGUUGGAAGAAUAAGAUAUUGAUACUAUUGAAGAAGCCUUUAUUUAAUAUUUAGAUUUGAAACAAAAUUUAGAAUUCCCUUUUACUGAAGAUAACAACUAAAAACAAGAAUUAGAUACAAGCUUAUAACUAAACUAAUAAGAUUUGUUUUCUGAAUCAUCUGCCUCUCCAAAUUUAAGUUUUAAAUCAGUUAAAUUUCAUAGUCCAUUAGUAAAUUCUGAAAUUUAUUAGAAAAAAGAUAAACCUACUAUUAUUUCAAGUAUACUAAAAAAUGGUAAUCUUUCAGAUUAAUAAUACAAGAAUAGAUAAACUAUAAUUAAAUAAAAACAUUCUUCAUAUCAAUAGAUUUCAAAAUUUGAUGAAAUUAUAGAUGAAAUUCCAGAAUCUAAUUAAAAUACUUCUAUUCAAAAAAAAAAAAAAAAAAACACUGUAAUAUAAAAAUGGGAUCUCUUAUAAUAAAACCAAUUCGAAAAAAUAUUUAAUUAAACUGAAUAAACUUGCCCAAAAAUACUUAAUUAAGAUCAAGAACCAUCUAAACCUGUUAAAUAGAAGAAAUCAAAUAAAUAAAAAAAAUAAAAAAUACUCUUAAAAUAAAUGAAAAGAAAAGUAUAUUUUGAUUUGUUUGAUUCUCAUAGAUUUUAUAAUGGUAAGAUACUCGAUAUCAAACCAAUAAAUCCAAAAAAUCCCUUUUUCAAAUAUCCCUUUAUAAACUAUUAAAUCGAUUCUGAAGAAGAAUAAGCAGAAGAUUUGUAAUCAGAAAAUAGAUCACAAGAAUCUAGUAGAUCUAAUUCACUUUAAGAAUUUAUAGUUGCUGAUUAUAAAAAUUAAUAUUAAAUAUAAGGAGAAACUUAUAAUUUAAUUAUUGAUAAUUCAAAUUUUGAACAUUUUUUACCAUAUUAGGCUAUCAUGUUAUCACAUAAUAGGCCUCAAAUAUCUUCAAAAAAAUAAAUUAGUUUUGACUCUGAUUUUAAUAGUAACAGCUCUCUUGUAGAUAGUCAAAAUGAGAAAUAAAUUAAUGUUUUAACUUAGUUAUAAUAAUUUUUAAAUACUGAGUAAAUAAAAAAAGUAUAACAGAUUUAUGAACUGGAAACUUUGGAAACUUUUUAGAUUGAUUCUCUGUCAGAAAAUCAAAAUGACUAAUGA